CUCUUACCUACAUGGUUCCUGUUCUAGUUUGUCAGUCUAGUUCCCGCGUGGCGUCGCUCGUGUAGUAUCCGAAGAGUGUCGGAACCAUCAUGGCACAGCCACAUUAUUGUUUUGACAAUCACAAGGAAAUAUCGCGAUGGAUACGUUAAAAAUCUAACUCGACACUGUUACCCGAUCGAUACUCGUCGCGGUACGGAAAAAUGGCUUUAGGCAAAAGUACAAGAGAGAUCCUGUUGUCUCUUAUAGACGACAUCGAACUCGUAGCAAAAGAAAUAAUUGAAAACACUAUCGCUCAGAAACCUCUGAAACUAUCCAGCGAAGAACACGCUAGGUUAACCGAAUUGUUAAUCGCCAAAGACAACGAAUUGAAAAGUACUUUGAAUCGAGCAGCUGAACAAGCGAAAAUUAACUUGAAAAUGGAAGCCCUGAGAGCAGAGGUCGAGAGACAAGAUCAAGACAUUCGUCAAUUACAACGUCAGUUGAAGGAAGCUGAACAGAUUCUAGCAACUGCCAUUUACCAAGCCAAACAAAAAUUACAAUCGAUCGCUCGUGCCAACAAGAGACCUGUACCUUCGGAGGAGCUCAUCAAGUACGCUCACAGAAUAAGCGCGUCCAAUGCUAUUUGCGCGCCACUCACGUGGCAACAAGGAGAUCCUAGAAGACCGUAUCCGACAGAUAUCGAGAUGAGAUUAGGGUAUCUUGGACGACUGAGCGACCUUCCGUUAAAUGGUCAAAUGCUGGGUUCCCAUCCUGGAAUAUCGUCCGAUUUGCACAGACCAGGACAUCCUGUAGGAGAGCCACCGGUGUCGCAAGCUAAUCAAUUCGCAUGGCAUCCAUCCGGUGAAAUUCACCUGUCGGUAAGCGGACAGGGUAGCGUUGCUAUGAAUACUCAUAAACAGGAAACCGAGGAUGUCGAAGUUAUGUCUACGGAUUCCUCGAGCAGUUCGUCCAGUGAUUCGCAAUGAGUGAAAACCAACGCGACUCAUAAACUUGAACGCUAGAAACAAAUAUAUUUUCGUGUAAUUUCUGUACUUGUACGUUUUCUUUAUUUCGUUGUUGCGCGUACUUUUCUUGCAACUCUACGCAGAUUCGAGAAGAAUUUCAGGUAGAAAAUCGUGCAAAGUCUCCUGAGCGUAGUACAUUUCCGAGUUUCCCUGAAAUACCACCACGAAUGAUCUCGAUGAUUCUUGAUUCUCGAUUCGGUAUAAGAAAUUCCUGACGGAACAGUUUCUUACCAAUUUUGCGUCUUCUUUGAACGUAGCUUUUCGAAAGAGUAUAUUCUGUUGGUUAAAUUCCGCUCCGUAUAAUAUACAAUCUGCUCGAACUUUCUCUAUAUCUCUGUA